GACAGGCCUGAGACCAGAGACACGCACACGCGCAGGCAGACACCCAGCACCAGGGUUCAGAGAAGUGAGGCAAAGGCCCGAUGGUGGGAGGGGAGGGGGGCCCACAGCCACCUGGGAGCUGGCGUGUGGCCAGCGGUGAUGAAAGCUCAGGGGAAUGGAAACAGAGGAGCGAGCCUGUUGUAAUCGCUACGCCCACCUGGCGGCCUAUAAAGGAGGCGGGCGAGCGCCAGCAGCAACUCGCACCUUGGGCCUCGCUCCUGUCUAGCCCUCCUGCUCCGAGCCCGCCGGCUGCCACCAUGACCACCACCAUCCGUCAGUUCACCUCCUCCAGCUCCAUCAAGGGCUCCUCCGGCCUGGGGGGCGGCUCGUCCCGCACCUCCUGCAGGCUGUCUGGCGGCCUGGGGGCCGGCUCCUGCCGGCUGGGGUCCGCCGGGGGCCUGGGCAGCGCCCUGGGGUCCAACAGCUACUCCAGCUGCUACAGCUUCGGCUCUGGGAGCAGUUAUGGCAGCGGCUUCGGGGCCGUCGACGGGCUGCUGGCGGGCGGGGAGAAGGCCACCAUGCAGAACCUCAACGACCGCCUGGCCUCCUACCUGGACAAGGUGCGGGCCCUGGAGGAGGCCAACACGGAGCUGGAGGUGAAGAUCCGGGACUGGUACCAGAGGCAGCGGCCCAGUGAGGCCAAGGACUACAGCCCCUACUUCAAGACCAUCGAGGACCUGCGGAACAAGAUCAUCGCUGCCACCAUCGAGAAUGCUCAGCCCAUUCUGCAGAUCGACAAUGCCAGGCUGGCGGCGGACGACUUCAGGACCAAGUACGAGCAUGAGCUGACCCUGCGCCAGAGCGUGGAAGCCGACAUCAACGGCCUGCGCCGGGUGCUGGACGAGCUGACCUUGGCCAGGACCGACCUGGAGAUGCAGAUCGAGGGCCUGAAGGAGGAGCUGGCCUACCUGAAGAAGAACCACGAGGAGGAGAUGCUUGCCCUGCGGGGUCAGACUGGCGGGGACGUCAGCGUGGAGAUGGACGCUGCCCCCGGUGUGGACCUGAGCCGCAUCCUGAACGAGAUGCGUGACCAGUACGAGCAGAUGGCGGAGAAGAACCGCAGAGAUGCGGAGGCCUGGUUCCUGAGCAAGACCGAGGAACUGAACAAAGAAGUGGCCUCUAACAGUGAGCUGGUGCAGAGUGGCCGCAGUGAGGUGACUGAGCUCCGGAGGGUGCUCCAGGGCCUGGAGAUUGAACUGCAGUCCCAGCUCAGCAUGAAAGCAUCCCUGGAGGGCAGCCUGGAGGAGACCAAAGGCCGCUACUGCAUGCAGCUGUCCCAGAUCCAGGGACUGAUCGGCAGCGUGGAGGAGCAGCUGGCCCAGCUCCGCUGUGAGAUGGAGCAGCAGAGCCAAGAGUACCAGGUCCUGCUGGACGUGAAGACGCGGCUGGAGCAGGAGAUCGCCACCUACCGCCGCCUGCUGGAGGGCGAGGAUGCUCACCUCGCCUCCCAGCAAGGGUCCAGCCAUUCCUUUUCUUCCCACAAUGUCUUCUCCUCCUCGUCUUCCUCCUCCUCUGGCCACCAGACCAGGUCCAUCCUCAAGGAGCAGGGCUCAUCCAGCUUCAACCAGGGCCAGGGCUCCAAGCACUGAGCUGCCUCCUCCAGAGCCUCCUGCCCCCCGCCGGCCCCCGCCUCCUGACGGCCUGGGCCAGGGCCCUGUUCUCCCAGCGCGAUGCCCUGCUGUCUCCCCUUCCCCUCCGCUGGUGGUGGGCUAAUAAAGCUGACUUUCUGGUUGAUGCAAA